AUGGCCCUGUCGUCGCUACAUCGCAUGACGAUUAUCAAUGGAGCGUCGACUCAAUUCAUCCCUGAGACUAUGGUUGCAAACCUCAUGUCUCUCAGUCUCCAAAGGCUACGGCAGGAGCUGCAAGAAACCAGGAACCUCGAGGCUAGACUUGCCCUGCUACACACAAUCAAGACAUUGUGUACAUGUGAGAUCUAUUCUGGCAAAGCUGAUACUGCUUGGCGCAUUCAUGUGGAGGGCGCAAAAGCUCUCAUUGAGUCAACUGCGAAGCAUUUCGCCAAAGAAUUCGCCACAACAGACGCCGCCGGGAACAAGCUACAACGGCAACAGGACUGGCUUACUUCUAGGUGGUAUUUCUCUGUCGAAGCUCUGGCUGCAUUGACGCGGCGUGGUCUGUCCCGCGGUCAAGUUGAUAUAAAAUCAGACCAUAUGCAAGGUCCAAGGGCCCUGAUAUGCCACAAUACUCGGAUUCAGGAACACUGCUGUCUAGAUCUCUAUGCGGGGUAUUCUUCCGAUCUCAAUACUGCUUUCAAGGAAAUUGGCGCCAUUGCAUGGGAGCGCGAGCGGCUGGAGGACUGUAAGGCAGCAAGGACACACCAAUGGGAGGACACUGACACGGCUAGCUCAGAUGAGACAACAGCUGUCGCACCAGAUGUCAUCGCACAAACAUUACCUAUGACGGCAGAAUCCAUGAGCCAACAUACUACGAUUCUGUCCGAAAUAGACAUCGAGCGGGAAGCAUUCUGGCUCGAGCAAUCGAUUCGAUCAAUGAUUAGCCGGGAUCGUGAAGGUCUCAAGAUUCCCACUGAUGUCACCUUGAGCGAAGCCGAGAUUCGACAGUUCAGCGCUUGCAACCAAGCAUAUCAGUAUUCGGCACUGAUCCAUAUUUAUCGGAGGGUAAGACGAUUGAGACAAGACUCAAUUGAAGUCCAAGAAUGUGUUCGGAAAAUCAUCAGCGCCGUGAUCGGUAUAUUGCCAGUUGUCGAGUUGAGCCCGUGGGCAUUGUUGACGACACCACUAUUUACUGCAGGGUGA